AUGCUCUACGAAUUAAUAGCAGUAGUACGACCCGGCAAUGUGACCGAUGUCAAAGAAAUUGCCAAGACGGUCGGUUCCACCAUACUGCGCAACGGCGGCGUUAUCCGUGGUCUCGCCAACUGGGGCGUCUUCUCUCUACCGAAGCCCGUGUCGGUGCGCCAGAUGAAGCACCACCACGGCCACUACUUUGUCGUGCGCUACGACGCCUCCGCCAAGCUUCACAACGAGGUACGCGACUUUAUGCGCCUCGAGCCACGCAUGAUCCGCGCCGCCCACGUUAAGCUCGGCGACGGCAAGCUCGAGACCCUGUCGCGCUUCGGGGCUCCCAACUGGCGGGCAGAGGGCGGCGAGGCGUAG